AUGGGCUGGGGACAACGAACUUUUUCCUUCUCGUCGUACUCGUACACGGGAGUGGGCCAGGCACAUCCUAGCCAACCGGACGUGAACUCCAUGGCCCGAGCAGCAGCGUCGUCUGUCGGCAGCAACCCCAACGAGCGGGCCAACAGCGGCCUGUCUUCUGCGGCAGCGGCGGCGGCCAUCCGACACCACUCGCUGACCUCGUCCACCAGUCAGCCCAACCUGCAGCAGGGCCGCAACGGCAGCAUGCGUGGAGGCCGAGAAGGCCGAACCAGCUCUCUGCUUGGCGGCCGAACCAACUCGCUUAUGGGCGGACGAAAGUCGUCGCUCCGAGGCCAGAACGGCGGAUUCGCUUCCGUCAGCGGCACCAACGCCUCCGGCCGAGCGCCAGACCUCAUUGAGGAGGAGAGCGGCUCUGUUGGCGACCUGCCCAAUGUCAGAAAGGGAAAGCGCGGAACUCGAACAUACUCGCUGACCACACCGUUUGAAGGGUUCGAGGACGGAGGCAUUGGCCAGGGAGCCUCGCCCGCCAUCUCACCCAACAACUCCAUCACGUCCGUUUCUUCUCCCGGACGAACGUCCUCGCUUCGACACUCUCUGCGUGGCGCCCCCUCUUCCGGCUCGCUCAGAAGAGGCUCCAUGACGUCAACCACCACAAACACAGAGCGAACCCACUCGCUCACGUCGACCACCACAACUAUCAAGCGAAUGGGCUCGUUUCACGUCAUCACCACAAAGACCCAGGAGGUGCCUGCUGGUGGCAAACCUCCUGCUCGAAGCCGUCUGUCGCAGGGCGGCACAAAACCUGCCUACCAGACACGCGACCUGCUCACCCAGCAACGCCAGGAGCGAGAGGCCCGACAGCAGCAGCUCAACAAGGCCAACCGAGCUAAGGCACAGAAGGAGCAGCGACUACGACAACAGCAGCAGGUCCCUGUUGUGAAAGAACCCGAACCACCUGCAUCUCCCAUCCACUACGCUUCGUCCGUGCUGUCGUACGAAUCCGACCUCAACACCGUGUCUGAGUACCCAGAGUCGUCCCUGACGUCCCCCAACGGCUCUGUUGGCUCCGGCAAGCGACACAUGCCUCCUCCGCGAACGCUGUCGCCCAUGAAGCCUGCGCUCAAGAUGUCCGAGUCGCCCCGCAACUCGUUCACCCAGGACACCAACUCGCUGUCACCCCAUUCGUCUAUCGACUCGCCUAGCCGAACACGCAAGCAGCGAGUCUCCUUCUCCUCCGAGAGUGAGAGCAACUUCAUUGCACAGGAGUCGCAGCGACAGAAGGCACUCCUGUCGUUGCCUCAGCAACAGCCUGCCAAGCAGCCUCUGCAGCCUCGGCCCAAGCAGUAUUCUCCCGGAACUGUUGUCCCCGUGAGCAACAACCAGCUGGCUAGCAACGGUUUGCCUAAGGUGGUCAAGACUCCCGAGCGACAGUCGCAGCUUGCCCAGGAGCAGGCCCACCAACAGGCUCUCAAGCAUGCCAAGCUGCAUACACCCCAGCAGCAGCGAAAGCGAGAGUCUCAGCAGUACCAGCCCAAGCGGGAAUCCCAGCAGUACGUGCAGCAGCAUAACAUGCAACAGCAGCAUGUGCCCAAGACUAAAAAAGCACAUGCUCACCCUGCUCAACCCCGACAGGCUGCCCCUGCUCCUCCCAGUCAGGUGUUGAGCCCCAUGUUGAGCCACUCCGAAUCCGAGGAAGAUCUGUCCAUGUUCCAGGACGCACACGAGCAUCUCGGCAAGAGCGUUUCCAAGACGGAACUCCAUAGGACUGAUGUUCAGUCUCCUGUUCCCGUGUCUCUGGUGAACAAGGACGCUGUCGACCACGUGGAGGCCAAGACCGAACCCGAGACAGGACACGAAAUUGAGCCUCCCAUCGUCACCACCAUUGGCGAUGUACAGGAGGCCCAGGACGAGGCUGCUGCAUACAAUGAGGUUAUGGGCGACGUUGAGGAGCCUGUGACUACCAAGGCUGCUGUUCCAGACUCCCCUGGCCGAUUCGGAUCUGGUGUCUUUGGUUCUGUCGCUAACGCUGUUUCUGGCGCCGUCGCUGCCGCUGAUCAGUUUGGCAAGCAGAUGCAGUUCAACCCCAGCGAGUCUACUCUCGAGUCGGUCGACAAUGAGGGUGAUUCAAUCUACGAAGACGAGGAGGAGGUAGUUGAGGAGAAGCAGCACACUCUGCAGCCUCCCGCUCAGCUGCAUGUCAACACCGACGCUGCCAACGCCUCUUCGGAUAUGGACGACUUGCCCACCCCCAAGCUGGCCUCUUCGCAGUUCUCCAGCUCGCCCUCGUCGCCUUCCAUGCGACGAAACUACCGACAGUAUGCUCUGGGAGGCAUGCCCGUGCCCUCUUCGUCCGACAUUGAUGCCGUUUCGCCCUCCAACCACAAGUUUUCGCCUUCUUCCGGUUCCAUUGGCUCCAACUACACCUCUACCGGCGCUCCUGGAGCGGGUGCUGGUGUUGGAGUAACUCCAUCGCACAUUCCCGACUACUCUGUCGAUGUGGAGAGACCACGAGACUCUGUGUACGCCGACAGCAACUACGGAGACGAGUCGCAAUAUGGAACCACCGCUUCUCAGUUUGUGUCUCACGUGAACCCAGAGGAAGAGGAGGAAGAGGAGGAAGAUGUGCCUGUUAAGGCAUUUGGAAAUCUCAAGACCAGCCCUCGACUUGGUGCUUCCGAGGGCCCCGGAUCUGUGCCUGCUCUGGCCUCUUCUUCUCCCAAGGCUGUAGUGCAUCCUCCUACAGGCCCCAUGCAUGACCCUGCAGGCGCCUCUUCUGCAGCUCCCGUGCCUGUGGAGUACCCCACCCUCGACCCUGGGUCUCCCAAUGCUCCCCGGCAGCCUUCCCCUGCCAAGAAGGUUGGUUUCGCCGAGGAGGAGGAGGUUGUGGAGCACGUUCCUCACCCCGAGGGUCCCAUGGACGACAAUGCUUCGAUUGAGUCCGAUUCCUCGUGGCGGCGGGAGCGACGAGCCGGCCGUGGUGGCAUCAACUCCACCAACGGCGGCGUUUCCGACGAGGGAUAUCGGCUCACUCUGCGAGACGAUGCUGGUUACGGGCGGGAUGUGCCCCAGGAGCCCUACUCUAUGCGAGCUCCUCAGUUCCGAAAGCCCAAAGAGGAGUUCCGAGAGCAAUCCCCUGCUCGACAGGUUCCCCAGGAGCCCCAGUACGGCUUUGCUGCCGUUCGAGAGCAGCAGAACCGCGGUGGCCAGCAGCAGCCUCGUGCUUCCCUGCAGCCCCAGGCUCGACGGGGAUCUGUUCCCACCCAGCCUGCUCUUGUGCGGUCAAAUUCUGCAUCUUCGUUUGACCGAGGCUCCCGUUCCAACUCCAUGAGUGCGUUCCGAAUGGGUUCCAUGCGUGAGCCUCGAACCACGCUGCGUCAGGACGUGCCCCCAGUGCCCGCCAUGCCUUCGGGUAUGUCUGCUGGUCCCGCUCAUGUAUCUCGGUUUUCAGACACGGAUUCCGAAGACGAGGGUGCUGGCAUCUUUUCUGGUGCCAACACCUCACCUCGAAAGAAGCGAGGCAUGCGAUUCUUCUCUUCUUCGAAGGAGGAAAUGCGACCUACCCCUGCCCCUGCCUCUCCCUCGGAGCCUGGUCUUGGAAAGAAGCUGUUUUCUUCGACCAAGACCCUCAAGAAGCAGCAGGCCGAGGCCCAGGGAGGAUAUGCGCAGUUUACCCAGCAGCCCGGUGCUGUGCCUGAGCCUCAGAUGAUUGAGAGCACUGCCACCGCAGGUUCUGCCGGCAAGCAAAAGAAGUUUGGCAAGCUACGACGGGUGUUUAGAUUGGAUUAA